AUGCUUGGAAUUCGAUAUCAGAUAUUGUCAAGGAAUUUUCAGCUUUAUUCUAGGGUCCAAGGCUCAUCACUCAAGGAGAAACUGAAUAAUCUUCAGCAACGACAAACAGUACUGAAUAAAUCGUCGAAAGAACUGAAAAGAUUAGAUGCUAAGAAACGAUUAGAGAUCAAGAAGACUCAAAAAAGGGCAUAUCCUCGACAGAAAGCCAUCACUUUACUUCAGAAGCAAAAUAAAAAUUUGGAUCAAGAACUAAAGGCGGCAGCUAUAGGUCCCACUAGUGAUUCUGAUUUGAAAUACCUACUGAAAACUAGAGAUAAAAGAUUGAUAUACACAAUAUUAGGUAUUACGGGAGAGCAAUUGAGAGACUCGGUAUUGAUAGAUAAGGAUGUAAAGAAAUUUCUGAAAAGAGGACUUAUUGAAAAAGCUGUGAUAUUGACAAGAUUGGCAAAAAAUAGAGGUUCCGCUGGUAUGAAUUCCAUAAUGAAAUAUUUCUUCCACGAAUCGCAAGCACCUCAAUCUGCGGUAGAUAUGUACAAUUGGAGAAAGAAAUGGGGAAUACCGCCCAAUGAAUUUACGAAUACUAUCUUAUUCGAUGGAUUAGCAAGACAGAAAAAUCCGAUAAAGAAGGCAAAUGCAUCGUUGGUCUUGAAGGCGGUAGAUAGAUUAAUUGAAAAUAACAAAUUAACCCAAAUUGAAUUCAAUGCAGCGCUGGGAGCACUCUCCAAUUGUAACGAUAUAACUCAUGCAUUUGAGCUUUUCGAAAGAAAGAACAAAGGUGUUGAAAAAGAUUCUAUUAGUUAUCUUUGGAUUUUAAGAGCUUGUAAAAGGGUGGAAUCAGAUUCAUUGUUUCAAGAAGUAAUCAUAUCAAUCAUGGAAGAUAUUCCAGCGAGACUGAUAGAUGCUCCAUUAUUAUUUGAAUUCUGUAAAACUUUACACUCGAGGGACGAUAACGUCGCACUUCAAAAAAUGGCAGUAUUAGCACUGAAAGAAUACUUUGAAAUUGAUUACGAUACCGAUCUUUGGCCAAAACUUCUUGGAAGCUUCCAACUCUUGCCGCUAAGCCACUGGUCUAUCGAUAGAAGAUUCCCACUAAAUGCACCCGUUGUUGGACUGUUUUUAGACAAUUGCUUGAAAUCGAAGCAGUAUUCCUUGGGACUUCAAUUUUUUGAAUAUUUGAAAGCGAAUAAAACCGAAAUAUUAGAUUUGGGAAUGUAUCACAAGUACAUGGAACUACAACUCAAAGGAAAUCCGUUAGAUUGUGGAGAUAAAUGCCUAGAGGUAUUUAAUGAAGUUGAAAGUAACCCUAAUUUCAUUUCUUUCAAGCAUAGCUUAAUUCUGCUCUACAAAGCAUUCGAAAGACAAGCGCUUAAAAAGGCUAAUAACAUUGAUAAAGUCAAGAUCAAUGAAUUUUUGUCAAAAUGCCUAGACGUCAUAAAGAAAAAUGAGGGUAUCUAUUCUAAGGAAUUCAAUACGAGAUUGUAUCCUAAGAAAACUUGGCAAUUCAUAUUUGCCAUCGUUAAAGCCGCCAAUACAAAUGAAGCACUAAGCAGUCGGAUGUUCACAACGAUUAUUGAUGAAUAUCUGAGAUCAUUCAUCCAUGGAGAAUUUAGUCCCUCUUCCAUUUCACCAACUAAUAGAGAAAGCAGAGAAACCUUAAGAUUCGUGGAAUUGGAAUGUAUAAGGUUACUGAACCAGCUUGCAUCUAGAAUGUCCAUACCGGGUAUUGAAGAAGUGGACACAUCAAAACCAUCAUUGGAAAGAAACAUUUUCCUACAAAGAAGACAACUCCGUCAAUUUAAAAAAAUGUUAUUAGAACAUGUCGAUGCAUUACAGUCUGAACACCCAAAUGUCGAGGACUUGAAUGAACUUGAUGUUAAACUUAAGGAAAAGGCAUCGAAGAUACUCGAUGAUCAUAAAACUAAUGAGUACAUGAAUUACGUACUGGUACGAUAA